AUGCCAAGUCGAAAUGGCUGUGCUGAGAACCAAAAGUCUGCCCAGUGCCAUCACUGUGGCAAAAGCUUCAGAAAGCAGGCCACCUUAAGGAUACACCAGAGGACUCACACUGGGGAGAAACCAUAUGAGUGUCUGGAGUGUGGGAAAAAAUUCAGUCAAAAUUCCCAUCUGGUGAGCCACCAUAGGAUUCACACUGGGGAGAAACUCUAUGAAUGCCCGGAUUGUGGGAAAAGUUUCAGUCACAAUUCCGAUCUGGUGGUACAUCAAAGGACACACACAGGAGAGAAACCAUAUGAGUGUACAGACUGUGGCAAAGGUUUCAGUCACAGUUCCAACCUGGUGAUACACAAGAGGACUCACACUGGGGAGAAACCAUACAAGUGUCCAGAUUGUGGGAAAGGUUUCAGUCAGAAUUAUGCCCUGGUGAUACACCAAAGGAUUCACACUGGGGAAAAACCAUAUGAAUGUUUGGAUUGUGGGAAAAGUUUCAGUCAGAAUUCCCAUCUGGUGAGCCACCACAGGACACACACAGGGGAGAAACCAUAUGAAUGCCCAGAUUGUGGGAAAAGUUUCAAUCACAAGUCUGACCUGGUGGUACAUCAGAGGACUCACACAGGAGAGAAACCAUAUAAGUGCCCCAGCUGUGUACAAUGUUUCAGUCACAGUUCAAACCUAGUGAUACACAAGAGGACUCACACUGGGGAGAAACUGUAUGAAUGUCCCAAUUCUGGGAAAAGUUUCCGUCAUAAUUCUGAUUUGGUGUUACAUCAGAGAACACAAAUAGGAGAGAAACCAUGUGAGGAUCAGGAGUGUGGUAAAAUAGUCAGUCAGAAUUGCCACUUGGAGAACCACCAGAUGUCUCACACUAAGGAUAAACUAUAUGAGGAUCCAGAUUGUAGGAAAAAAAUCAGUCAGAAUUCUGACGUCGUGAUACACCAGAGGAUUCACACUGAAGAAAAAUUAUACAAGUGUUCAGAUUGUGGGGAAAAUUUCACUCGGGAUUCCCACCUGGUGAAACACACUCAGGAGGCACCAUAUAAGAGUCCAUAUUGUGAGAAAUGUUUCAUUCAAAAUUCCAAUCUUGUACAUCAAAAGAAACAUGUAAGAGAAAAAAUGUAUGAGUGUCAGAAAUGUGGCAAAAUCUUCAAGCACAAUUGCCACCUGGUGAUACACCAGAGGAGUCAUACUGGAGAGAAACCAUAUGACUGUCCAGAUUGUGGGAAAAGUUUCAGUCGGAAUUCUCACCUGGUGAUACACCAGAGAACACACACAGGAGAGAAACCAUAUGAGUGUCCAAAUUGUGGGAAAUGUUUCAGACAGAAUUAUGAUCUGGUAAUACACCAGAGGACUCACACUGGAGAGAAACCAUAUGAGUGUCCAAAUUGCAGGAAAUGUUUCCGUCGGAAUUCCCACCUGAAUUAUGAUCUGGUAAUACACCAGAGGACUCACACUGGAGAGAAACCAUAUGAGUGUCCAAAUUGCAGGAAAUGUUUCCGUCGGAAUUCCCACCUGGUGAUACACCAGAGGACUCACACGGGGAGAAACCAUACAAGUGUCUGGAAUAACUCACACUGGAGAAAAACCCUAUGA